AUGUUGCGACCAAAUGCAAUAUUACGACCAAAUGCGGUGUUGCGGCCAAAUGCAAUGUUGCGACCAAAUGCAAUAUUACGACCAAAUGCGGUGUUGCGGCCAAAUGCAAUGUUGCGACCAAAUGCAAUAUUACGACCAAAUGCGGUGUUGCGACCAAACGCAGUAUUACGACCAAAUGGAAUAUUACGAUCAAUUACAGCGUUGCGAUCAAAUGGAACAUUACGACCAAUUACAGCGUUGCGAACAAUGGAAUAUUACGAUCAAUUACAGCGUUGCGAUCAAAUGGAAUAUUACGAUCAAUUACAGCGUUGCGAUCAAAUGGAAUAUUACGAUCAAUUACAGCGUUGCGAUCAAAGUGGAAAUAUUACGAUCAAUUACAGCGUUGCGAACAAACGCAGUAUUACGACCAAAUGGAAUAUUACGACCAAAUGCUAUAUUACGACAAAUGAAUAUUACGAUCAAAUGGAAUAUUACGAUCAAUUACAGCGUUGCGAUCAAUUGCAGUAUUACGAUCAAACGAAAUAUUACGACCAAAUGCUAUAUUACGAUCAAAUGGAAUAUUACGAUCAAAUGGAAUAUUACGAUCAAAUGGAAUAUUACGAUCAAAUGGAAUAUUACGAUCAAAUGCUAUAUUACGACCAAAUGGAAUAUUACGAUCAAAUGGAAUAUUACGAUCAAUUACAUCGUUGCGAUCAAUUGCAGUAUUACGAUCAAAUGAAAAUAUCACGAUCAAAUGGAAUAUUACAAUCAAAUGCUAUAUUACGACCAAAUGGAAUAUUACGAUCAAAUGCUAUAUUACGACCAAAUGGAAUAUUACGAUCAAAUGGAAUAUUACGAUCAAAUGCUGUAUUAUGGCCAAAUGCUAUAUUACGAUCAAAUGGAAUAUUACGAUCAAAUGCUACAUUACGACCAAAUGGAAUAUUACGAUCAAAUGGAAUAUUACGAUCAAAUGGAAUAUUACGAUCAAUUACAGCGUCGCGAUCAAAUGCAGUAUUACGAUCAAUUACAGCGUUGCGAUCAAAUGCAGUAUUACGACCAAAUGGAAUAUUACGAUCUAUUACAGCGUCGCGAUCAAAUGCAGUAUUACGACCAAAUGGAAUAUUACGAUCAAAUGCUAUAUUACGACCAAAUGGAAUAUUACGAUCAAAUGGAAUAUUACGAUCAAAUGCUAUAUUACGACCAAUUGGAAUAUUACGAUCAAAUGGAAUAUUACGAUCAAUUACAUCAUUGCGAUCAAAUGCACGUUGCGAUCAAAAUGCAAUAUUACGACCAAAUGGAAUAUUACGAUCAAUUACAGCGUUGCGAUCAAAUGCGGUAUUACGAUCAAAUGAAAUAUUACGAUGA